GCGGGAGGGCUGGACUGGGGACGGGGUGAGCUCGGUCCCACGGUCAGUGGGCAAGCGUGGGAAUUGUUCCGAGGGUGGGAAAACAAAGUGAAAACCACAAAGUAUAUUUGGAAGAGUAAACAAACGGAAAUCGGGUGACGUUGGAGUUAAAACAGCAAACAUUCAGCAGGUUGGGCAACAACGAUAGGAAGAGAGGCUUCAGGUCUUGGUUGUUUAGUCAGAAGCAACAGUAAAUAACACAUUCGGGGAGAAUGACGGCAUCUUAAAGAUUGCAGCCCCCGUGGGGGGAAAUGUGUCCUAACUCCUUUGGGGGAAACGGAUCAUUAAAGUCCCUAUUCCUGUGUAAAUAAGUAGAAUCAAGUCAGAAUUCACAGUGGCAAAAGGAUGCUUCAUGUCCAGAAUUCAAUGUUUAAACAAUCGUGAACAUAUUUGUUUCUUUUUGUGUGGGGGGGGAGAAUUACUUCUGUAAACUGUUUCAGUUGGUAACUGUCCAAGCAAAACAAACAUUGCAGGCAACAUGUAUUUUCUUGUAUGUACGUAUUGUCAAGCUCUUCGCGAUUCCAAGUAAUACAUUCAAACUGCUUUAAAAACCAAACGAUAAUAUAUUGAGCACAGUGGUAAAACACCAUGAUGAAAUCCUAUUUAUGUUUAAAACUUGAAUGAACCUUUUUCACAUUGUUUGGAAUCGCGACGCCUGAAUAUAACUCUAGCUCGCUGCAAGACGCUGUGUGUGAGAUACACACUCCCAGUACUGUGGUAUCACAGUGAUUAUGUGAUCAUCAGAAAGCACCUCCUACUUUUCAACCCUUCUCCCCUCGUGAUCUAAUAUUGUUGCUGUUGAUGCGCUGGUAAACGAAUCAUGCGUUGCUUGUCGGUUGCAAUGUAUGCCUCUUUCCCCACCAGGCAUGGAGAACAGAUUUGGAUGAAUGUCGCAGCAAGUUCCCUGAUCGAGACGAAAGGGGAUUGUACUACAUCUGGGGUUUACUGACCUUCGAGUGUGAGCGGAGGCGGGCUGUGUGAUGGAUGGAUGGCAUCGCGGCCAAUCCCCGUCCAUUUCUGGUUGUUUCCCAUCCAGCUGUUGUCAUGAGAUAAUCUUCAUCAGCGUUAGAAAGUUACUCCAAUGAAGAGUUUAAUAAGGAGAACUUUCUGAACAAUGUUGGGUACGAUUUCAUGACCAAGAAAAGAAAGAAGGAUAUUUUGAAUAACAACACAAAAAUCCAAUAUUUCCACCAUGAUACUUGGAUCUCAGUUCACAAAGGAAGCACGAAAGAACGACAUGGAUACUGCACCCUGGGUGAGGCUUUUAACCGCUUGGACUUCUCCAGCGCGAUACGAGACAUCAGAAGAUUCAAUUAUGUUGUUCGGUUGCUUGAGCUCAUUGCAAAAUCCCAGCUCACUUCCCUCAGUGGGAUUGCUCAGAAAAACUACAUGAAUAUUCUGGAGAGAGUUGUGCAGAAAGUGCUUGAAGACCAGUGUGAUAUCCGGCUAAUUAAGGAGCUGCUCAACUGUCUGUAUGCCACCAUUUGUGCGCUAGUCAAAGGCGUGGGGAAGUGUGUUCUUGUGGGGAACAUUAACACCUGGGUCUACAGAAUGGAGGUCAUUCUUCAUUGGCAACAGCAGCUGAAUAAUAUGCAAAUCAUCAGGCCUAUAUCUACAGGAAUGACCCUGACUGACCUACCAAUGUGCCUGCAGUUGAACAUCUUAGAGAGGUUGGCUGAUGGGAGAGAUAUUGUAAACCUUGGACAGGUAUCUCCUACCCUGCAAGUUCUGAGUGAGGACAAGCUUCUAUGGAGAAAAUUGUGUCGCUACCACUUCACAGAGCGCCAGAUUCGCAAACGUCUCAUUUUAUCUGAGAAGGGUCAUUUGGACUGGAAAAAGAUGUACUUUAAACUUGGGAGGUGCUACCCAAAGAAAGAACAGUAUGUGGACACACUGCAGUUCUGCCGACACUGUCACAUCCUCUUCUGGAAGGAUACUAAUCAUCCUUGCACAGCAAAUGACCCUGAUGGCUCUUACACUUCUAUUUCACCUCUUGAAUUCAUCAGUCUCUUCAAGUUCUGAACUUGGAAAUUCCAGCAGACUCCCAGUCUGGAAGAAAUCUUUUGCUUUUACCAAUGUAAAUAAUGUAUUUUAUAAUAUUUAUACUUUUUACACUGAAGCUGAAAUAGAAGUGGUUUAAGUUUAUAUUUUAUAUAUUAAAGUUCAUGCUGUGUAAAUAUUGCUUGGGAUGAUUUGGGGGAAUAAAAGGUUACUGAGGCAACAUUUCAAGGUGACUUGAAGGAAAGUCAAGUUGAGAUGUCAAACAGGAGGCAUUUACUCUUAAAUGGGGUUGCAUUGCUAUAGUAAUGCAUUGAAAGUGUUCAGUUUAUCAUUUCUGGCUAUUGUUCGAAUGACUAAUGGUGUUGGCAGAAACAUUCUCUGCACUGGUUUGUUGAUUAUAAUAUUAAGAUGCACGUGUUACAGAGCAUGGAUUUGGGUAGUUCCUGCCUUCCCUUUCUUGCCUAGUUGCUGAGACAUUGUGAAAGUGAUCUGCACUGCCUUGAGCUGGUCACUUCACCCACCUGAGAUCAACAGGCUGUCAGUAUCAUUUUCUGUAAAAUGGAGUUAUGGAAGUGGCUUCUGAAUUUCUGGGUGCUCCUUUGAAAAUGGAACCAACUUUGAGCAAUCAAGUUUUCAAACCCCAAUUUUGCUAUCCUGAUAAAAUAGCUGAUUCUGUGUGUGGGAAGCCGAGUUCUCUGCAGAACAUUGCAUAGUCCCAUUCUCUCACAUUGUGGUCAACUCAUGGUAACAUGGCGGUUUCGUAGGACACUUAAUUAAAUUGUGACAGGAGUGAUGGAGUGCAGGAGAUGGAUUCUUAUCUUUCUGUAUUUGUGGUCAGUUCUGUCAUUUUAUUUGCUGUUAGCAUUAUCUUCUGUUUUUAUUUAUUUUAUUAUUUUUUUUAAUUUUAAACAAAUUGCUGACAUGUUGAAUGCAGAGUAUAGUGUCUGGCCUUGCAUUUAAUUGUAUUUGUUUGUGGAUGAGUGACUUACGAUUUUAAAUCUGAUGUUUUUUGUGCAAGAGGCACAUCUUUGAACGGAGGGGUCGAUUGAUUGUGAAAGCAACAAUGAGGUUCCAGAGAUUUCCAUAAUCUGACAUGGAGCAAAUCUUCAGUUGUGAUAGAGGCUUGAGAGGAGAGAGGAAAGGGAUUGCUUAAAAUCCCAGCCUUCUCCAUCAAGGGGGAACUGUUAAUGAAGGGACAGUUGAAGUGUUGGUUGGGAGAAGUAUUAAUGGAGAUAUUACAUUCAGUAUUGGGGUCAAAAGACAUUUCUCGUGUACACCACAAACAACCAGGCAGCACAGCAAACUGACCACCUCCAUCUUUGCAAAUUGAGGCCAACUGUUUUUUUUUCCACCUUUUAGAAUUGUUCAACCCAUUGAAAAGCCAAAUUAUAUUGGGCCAUCGUGUUGGUGGCUCCAGUUUCCACUUGUAGCAGACUGGUGAUGGGCGACUACAGACUAGCUCCUCUAGCCUUUUAUGGCCCUCAUGUAAAGAUCGGUGUUCAUUUUCAAUCAAGUUGUCACCUCCACAGAAAUUGAGGACUCCUUUACUGUUCAUAGUCACCAGCCUUUCUGGGAGAAAAUUCAAAAUGUAUUUGUAAAUGUUUCCUGAACUUGUGUUUUCAACACUUUGAUCAUGGGGAUAAAAUAUGAUUGACUGUCAAGAUUUGUCCAUUUGGGUAAUAGUAAUUUGUUUUAUCAUUGGUUAUGUUGAUGGACUGGCAAGUGACCUGCGGUGAUAUGCGAGAGGGUGUGUUCAGAAGACGUGAUUAUGAGUGUGAGCAGCACGGUAAUCUUUUGCAAGCAACAACAUUGGAUAGUUAUAUGGAUGGGAAGGGAAUGGAGGGUUAUGGUCUGAGCGCAGGUAUAUGGGACUAGGGGAGAUUAUGUGUUCGGCACGGACUAGAAGGGUCGAGAUGGCCUGUUUCCGUGCUGUAAUUGUUAUAUGGUUAUAUUUUGCAAUAGAUGGAGAAAGCUCAUUCCAUUCCCAUUAGAAAUUUAAAUUACUUUGAAAGUAAUGUUUGGGCUGUUUCUGAGCAAGAUGGUCCCAGCUUAUACAAUGAACCAUGUGGACACUGGCUGUGUAAGAAAGUGAUUGGAAAAUGUUCAAAGCCUCUGCAUUCAGAUAGCUUUAGAGAAGUAACAAUGUUACUGCCAACAGUAUUAUUGAAAUACUUUGUCCUGUGUGUGUGUGUGUGUGUAGCUAUCCCCUGAUAAUGUAUAACUCUGCGCACAUUGCAUAAUUCCCCAAACUAGCAAUUGUUAUAUUGCCUGAAGUCAUGUUAAAGCAUUAUUAUACAUGUCGCUUUCAAAAGGGAUACCGAUCUCGAGAGCAAUCAAAGCUACAGGCUGAAAAGUAGAAAAUUAAUACAAUCUGUUUCAAAGUUAAUUUUAGUUCUGCAAGAAUGUGUUUGAAAGUGUCGGUAUUAUUUUAUGAGAACAAUUGGGCAGUUGCACACAAUUCCAAACAUUCUUGUUCAGCGAGUUCUCAUAGCUGCCGGGUGAGACUCCUGCAAUCAGACAUUAGUUGUCACAUAAAGCAGUAUUGGAGUAACUCUGAGUCCGACAGCAUCUCUGGAGAACAUGGGUAGAUGUUUUGGGUCAGGACCUUUCUUCAGUUGUCACAUGUUUUAACGGAAGAUUCUCAUUGCAAGAGUAGAUUGUUGGAGGGCUCACUUUUCUCUCCCUGUAGGAAAAGGGGGUGUUGAUUAUUUAAACACGAACGUGGACAGUGGUGGACUGGCCAGGGUGUCAGCUUGCCCAAUGGCAAGUGGGCCCCCCUGUAUCAAGUGGGGCCCCUUUGUCUCCUGGCAACCAAUAUUUUUACACCCAGUCCGCUACUGAACGUGGAAAGGGGGUGUUGGUGUUGGGGGUCAAGUUAGAGUGAAGGCUUUGACAGUGAAAACACAGAUAAUGAACAGUGUGUCAACUCUGUCUGUUUUACACUAACACUGAGCUAAUACCUAAAUGGAUCUUUGGUUCCUUUGAGAAUUGGCAGCCUGAGCUUGGCACUAGUUUCAAAAGCCAAUGUUGGAUCAAAGAGGAAGUAGAUUGAACUUUAUUGCCUUCCAUCACAGUGAGGAAUGUGCAAACCACCGUGGUGGAUGUUUCAUGUGGUCGUGUGUCUUGGUGCUUUUCACUUAGUAUGGCUGUGUGGUAACUCAAAUUUCACUGUACCUUAAUUGGUGCAUGUGACAAUAAACUGACAUUGAAACCUUCUGAUUCACCACAAACCCUUCAGCAUUUGACUAGGGGCAAAGGUGACGAUGGAUCUUGCACAAAGUAACCCCAACAAACUGCAGCGUCUAUCCAAAAUGUGUUUGGAUGAAAUAGGCAGGUACUGCAAUCACAUUGGCAAGUCUGGAAAGUUGAGAAUUUCUACUUUUUCUUGUAUAUAAAAUCUUUUUACCUUCUCAUGAUUUAUUUUGGCUAUUGCAACUUGCAGCAAGGAAAUAUUUAGCGUGGCAGUUAUUUUCAUAAAACUCAACUGUGCUGUUUCCACCAAGGUAAAGGUAAAUCAAUUCUUGCUUUUACUUUGGGUUAACUUUGUUUAUCAGCAUAAAUCGGAUGGUAGUGAUUCAUCAUCCACUGGCUUGAGGAGAAAGAGUUGGAUAGAGGUCUUAGGGCUAGAGGAAUCAAGAGAUAUGGGGAGCAGGAGGGAACGCGGUACUGAUUGUGGAUGAUCAGCCAUGAUCACAUUGAAUGGCAGUGGUGGCUUGAAGGGCCGAAUGGCCUACUCCUGCACCUAUUUUCUUUGUUUCUAAAUGGGUGGGAAGAAAUGUUAUCUAACUUCAGAUAGCCCUUGCUUUCUCUCUGCACCCCCUUCCCCUUCCCAGUUCUCCCACUAGUCUUACUGUCUUUGACUACAUUCUAUAUUUGUCCCGCCCCCUCCCCUAACAUCAGUCUGAAGAAGGGACUCAACCCGAAACGUCGCCCAUUCCUUCUCUCCGGCGAUGCUGCCUCGCCCGCUGAGUUACUCCAGCAUUUUGUGCCUACCUGGGAAGAAAUGUUAGGUGGUCUUGGAAAUUGUCAUCAAUUAUUGCACUGUCCAAAUGUCUGCAUAUUAUUCUUUAGUAUCAUUGAAUUUUACAAAUUUCUUGCAUAACCCUUGUGCAGUUGAAGUGUCGCUUGUUUUAAGCUUUUAGUUAUUCAGACCAACAUUUUGUUGUAUCUGCAUACUAAGUUUCUGAACAUGUGACAUAAUGUGCUCUUCUGAUGUAAAAUACUUCUUUGUAAAUUUUGAUAGCUUUUUAAUAAAUGAUAUCCUCUUUAAUUGUUGAGUGGUUUCAAUUUCUAUGUCCAAUCUUUGAAGGGUUGUCUUGUGGGCUGGAACUCAUCUUGGGUCUUCCAACACAACAGAAAUAGUGAGUACUGAGAUUUCUUCAGUACAACACAAAGUCAAUCAACAUCCGUAGGUGACAGAGACAAUGUUUCUGUUUUGGGAGGGUGCAAAACCAGGAAGAUCUAUAUUUAAACAAUUACCUGAAACCCAAGAGGGAACUUCUUUCAAGCCUCCAGAAAGAGUGGAACCCUGGCUGUGGUUGGAGGGACCACCAGAUAUAGAUUGAAGGGGAAGCUGGAUAAAUACAAGGAAUAGCACAAUGAGUUGCACGAGAUGAGGGUGCUCGUAUGAAGUGGAAGAACCUGAUGGAUCAAAUGCCCUAUGCAGGCAGUGCCGGAUUUACCUAUAAGCUAGACAAGUUUAAGCUUAGGGCCUCGAGGUCUAGGAGGGCCUCCGGCCA